CAACGCCGGUCCUCAGUUACUGGAUUUUACAACCUCAUAACCAAAAAACACCGCUGACGCUUAUCACAUCGCCCCAAUAUGACCGCCCUCAAAGUUUUCGUGAUCUUCAGCGCGCUCUUCGCAUUGGCCUAUUGCGCGCCAAAUCCCGGUUUCUUCGGUGGUGGCAAACAUGAACACCACACCAUCCAUGUACCGUACAAGGUGCACACCAUUCACCACCAUCACAUCAAGAAGGUGGAGGUGCCCGUGAUCAAGGAGGUGGAGGUCAUCAAGCAUGUGCCCAUCUACAAGGAAGUGCAUGUGCCCGUUAUUAAGGAGGUGCAUGUGCCAGUGCAUGUUCAUCACAAGGAGGAAGUGCAUCACAUUGAAGAAGAUCAUCACGACUACCACAAGGGCGGCUGGUACUAGAGGGGAGUGAGUGGCGGCGCUCAUCCACAUAGGUGUUGCCGUUGGCAAUGCUCUAGUUACAAUUUUA